GUACGUGGAGGAGUACCAAGAGAUGAGGACAGUCCGGAGAUGGCUGACGGAGCGGAUAUCAGUGCUGGUGGUGACUUUACUCAACAGGAAGCAACAGCGUAUCGGCGAAUCAGCGUGCUGUCUACUCGCCGUGGACCCGAGUUUCAGCUCCAUCAGAGACAAGAUCAACGAGGCGAUGGAUGCAGCCACGGAGUCCUUCCUCAGACAGAGGCAGUUCUGUCUUAUUCUCGACUUUAACUCGGCUGUCGAGCAGUGGUGCCGUAAUGCUCUGCACAUGCGCUGUGAGGCGAAGGGAGCCAAGAUCGUCAUCACCAAUGGUGACGAAAUUCCCGACUUCUCCGACACUGGUGGGAAUGUCUGCUGUCGAUAUAUGUGCAUGCCGUUCAGGUUCCUACAGGGAAAAGCAUAUAAGGUGCAGCGUCGUUCCAAGUAUGACGACAGCGAGGUUGUGUUUGAUGACGAACAGAUCAUGCUGUGCACAGCCAAUACAAAGUUACAGUCGUAUGCAGAGAAAGCUUUGGCGAGCGUCCCUACCCCAUCAGGCCGCAGGGUCACAAAGAAGAAGAACACAGUCACGUUCACGACGUCGACACAGACAGCCGCCGACAGUAAGGACACCAAACAGAACAACGGCGACUGUGGCGUCAUAGACCUGGAGGAUACAGAGCGCGGCGGCGAAGACGAAAAUGUGACGUCAUGUAGAGAUACCACUGCGCAUGACCGUGUCUUUAGGGACAAGGACAGAGCGUGCAUGACGUCAUCAGAUCCAAAUAGGGAAAGCUCCCUUGAGAAAACUUCCGAAAAAUCAGGUGAUUUCAUUCCGGUUUCGAGUAAGAAAACGCCAAGUUACAGACUAAACAAUAAAAACAAUAUGGCAGAAAAGAGAACUAUUCCGACCCCAAAACCAGAAGAAGGAAAACCGGAAGUGCAGAGGGAGACAACUGACACAUUAGACGAAAGUUCAAGAUUGGAUUCAUCGUCUGGGUCACGUGAUCCUAAAAUGGACAUAAAAGCGGAAGUGCAUUGUGAUAAUGUAUUAGAACACCCCGGUGUUGAGGACGAGGUUAAAAUCAGUUACACCAAGAGUAAGUUUAGCAAUGUGAACGAUAUUGAGACAAUUAUUGAACCUCCUUAUGAGGAAUCUGUGCGUUCAUCCAUUCAGACAUUGAAGUUGGGAAACUUCACCUCCGAGCAGAGAAAUAACCUUCAGUUAAGCAUAGAUGUGUUUGAUAGAAAUCCCAACGAAACUGUGAUAUCGGAGCAACCAAAAAACGAAUCUAACGUUUCCGUUGCUAAGCAACAGAAGAGAAUAGACAAAAUGUUGAAAGAUAUUAUGGGUCCGGCUUCGAAUCCAAUUAAAAAGCCUCCUAGAAAAGGUAAGACCAAGAAUGGUGUCAUAAACAAAGGUUUUCAGGGGGAGACCGAGGAUGGGAAACAGCCAGAAGGAGACCACGUGAGACCUCUGACCUCAGAUGGGUCUCCGUUUUCAAGGAAUGACGGUUAUUCCACGCUGCCGCUGACGAAGGUCAAUGGCGGAAGGUCGACGGCCAAAUCUGCAGAGUUUGAGAAAAGCCAUGGCGGCGAUUUUACAACGUUAGUUCAAUCAAUCAGUGCCAAAAGGGUGACGAAGAUUAGGAAGAACUUCAUGGAGAAGGAAGAAGAGAAACUCUUCACGCCAAGGAUCCUGCUGGAGAAGGACCGGAACUGCUUCUCUGACCUUGAACCGGUAGAGGAUUUCACCGACGUCGAGGGUCACGCCGCGUCUGACAGAGAAGGUGUUGGCUCGCCUAGGGUGAUCAGUGUAAAGAGGACGGACAAAACAGUGUCGAUGGACUCCGUCAGGACGCACACGGACACCGAGUUAGAGCUUACUGAUUGUGACACGGAAGACAUGAGUGUUUCCGAGAGUGACACUAAAGCGCAUGCGCGUAGAACUAAAUCAAACAAGCGGCCAGACCGAGGCCAGCGUGGACAGUAUGACUCCCGCCGGAAGUACCUCGCUUUGAAUAGUCUGAGAAGAAAAACAAAAGCAAAAGCAUUGAAUGCGGAAAUACGAAACCGAAUUCGACUUGCCCAACAUUGAUAAUAGCUGUACCUGGGUACAUAGACUGCCGGGGGAAAAGAAAGGUAAACUUUAAAUAUUGCGUGUGACUAAAAAGUUACGAACGUUAUCAAAACGUUAUUUAGUUGAAAACAGUCGCCGAACCGCUUCAAAGUUUGGGUCCAAAACACAACUAUGUUUCAAUACAUCACCGAAUAAUUUUUGUGUUUCAUUUUUAGCCACCAUCAAAUGUGGGAGUAUACUUUCUUUUCCCCGGCAGCAUGUAAAGAAUCGUCAUUAUUAUGCUACCACAAAUGACGAAAUGUGAACUCGCUGGAGGAAUUUCACGAUACGAAACACUGAAACAACCCCAUGUUGAUACCAUGGAACACAAAUCAUGUGUUGCUCAUCCUUGUGUCAAAUCAAUAUUUAUUCAUGUAUACAUGUUACUUGCAUUCCGGUAUGACCUUGAAAAUGUACCGUCGUAUCAACCAAAGAAUAAGCUUACCUAUUUAAUUAUUUAUUUAUUGUAUCCAUUCGUUAUUUAUUUUUCCAUUAAAUGUUUAUCAUUGUCUAUGAAACAUGAAUACUUCGUCUUCAUUUAUUAAGCGUACCAUGGUAUUGGUGGUCUUCCCUUUAUGUGUCAGGAUCCGCUGUAUUGGACUUGAGACCGAUUGUGCCCCUUCUUCUGCUGCACCAUACC